AACUACCAUAUGUCACACCGCUGUUCAUCGAUUUUGCUGGUAAACGACAUUUUUGCUGGAAAACAUCAUCGGCUAUGUUGCUGUGGAUUUCCGCAAAACUUGGAUUAACUAUUCGGUUAAAUCUAGAAGAAUGUCAAAAGCGAUAAUCACUAAGAUAGGUCUUGGUGUAGGGUUCUUGUUCGCAACUAUUGGCCUUAUAGCAACUGUUCAUUUAAUUGUGACGCUUCUCAUCAACGCUUCUGGUUAUCGGACGUCGUCGUUGAUGAACCACGCCCAUUUUGACAGGUCAACAAAAGAGUGCCUUGAUAACGAAGACUGUCCUUGGAAUCUUGUGUUUUCAGAACUCGGUGAUAAACUGUUAUUAUUAGAAAUGGCAUUCAAAGAGCAAGCUUCUGCACGAGAGGGAAUCGAGAACGCCGUGAACAAUCAUACGACAGCGCAUAUGUUCACAACAGGUCGUCUGUCUGAACUCAUAUCCAGAAUUGAGAACUUGACAGUAAAUUACGAACAAAUGGACAAAAGAGUGUCAUCGUUGUCAAGAAGAUUGUUUUCAGAUGAAAUAAUCGGUUUCAUCUUAUUCGUCAUUGUGAUGGUUGAGGUGGUUCGACAAAUUAGACCUCACGUGAGACCGUUGGUUGAUCUGAUAAAGAGUAAGAUAGCCACCAUGAGAGCAAAGAAGGCUCACAUGAAUGGUGCAGUCAUGAAUGGUAUGACAGAGAAUGAAAUAGACAGACCGAAGGAUGAAACAGACAUCAUGAUAAGAAAGGAGGAGAAAAAGGUUAUGUUUCAGCAGACUAACUCUCCUAACAUAUCGAUGAUACCAAAAUUAGGAAUUUUGAAGAACGAAGUCUGUAUCGUGCUCUUCAAGUACGAAAACAUCCCUGUCUACACAAACGUGGUGGAGGCCAUGUUGAACCAGUUCUACGACGUCAAAGUCGCCGCUGUUUCGCAUCCGUACUUCAUGAUAGAAUCACAGAAAGACAUAAACAGCAUUCCACAUGUUAAACUUUUCAUCGUAAUUUGUAAUAGUCAUGGUAACCAUACCAACGGAGGUCGUGACCUUUUGGCUGUUUCGUUAAAGAUAAUGAAACGACUUGGAGCGACAAUCAUCGUGAUAAUUGGUAAUGACGAAGGUUCCGUGAAGCUGCCUUCUCACAAUCUCUACAAUACCAAUUUACAUCUAAUAAAUUCAAUUGACAUGAUGCAAGAACUUGCCUAUAACAACUUAGUGUUCAGCGUUCAACAUGAGAUGACGUCAUUCCAUCAAACUAGUCACUUUCGGAAGACUAUUAAGACAGUUUUGAAUGCCAGACUAAAUGCUCAGUGUAGACAUUUGCUUAAAGCUGAAUGAUUACGUUAUGACAAUUCGCAUUUAAAAUCGUGAGCUUGCAUCUUGCUGAAGAUUUGGAAGUUCUUGUUUAGAAGACACAAUCUAUCCGCAUUCUGACCCCUCCCUCAUUCCAAACAAGUCCUUUCGUAAUAUAGCUGUUUCAUAUUGAAAGACAGCGCCGCAAUUUUAGAGAUAUUUUCGUAAAACAAAAGUGAUUAUGAUAAGAUCUUGCUCCUGUGUACUUCUAAACGAAAACGUUUGUAUGACGAUGCAUAGAGGUGUGAAACCCUUUUGGAAAGAACGGACCAUAGAAAAAUAGGAAACAAAUCUUAGAUUAGAAAAGGAUACAUCCCUAUGCAUAUCACCGUCAACAUGUAUUAAAACAAUGCGCAAGAUGAUUCUAAUGACUAGUUUGGAAAACGGGGCGAAAAUGCACGGCAUGAUUGUGCCAAGUAAAAAAUAACAAUAUUCAAAAAAGAUUUAAGUGGGAUAACUUUGACUUCUUUACUAGUCUUAUUAAUUCAUUUAUUUGUAUUUAUCUAUUUAUUAAUGAGGCUCCUCAUGGGGGUUGGAUAUGGAAUUAUCAAUUCUUUUGUUUUAAAUGUAUCCAAUUUCAUUUUUUAAUUUUCAAAGAUUAAUUGUUUAGAUUAUUCGAUUACCAGGUAGCCCUAUGAGGAACCUCAUUUUUUAUUCAACAAAAGAGACGAAAAUUGUCUGAUAUAUGUCAAAAUUCGCCCUGUACAAUUUCAUUAAGAGCAAACAGUUUCGUCUUUUAGGGUUUUUUUUAAGUGUAAUUAGUGUUUUUUACCAGUAUUUGUACGAAAAAUAACAAUUCAUUUUUUUCUUCCUCAUCAUUUUGCCUAUUUCUAAAUCGUAUUCAUUAAAACUUAAAAUCACCAUGCAUUCAUAAGUUAUUUAUAUAUAUAUAUAUAUAUCAUGCUUAUUUUUACUGGGGAAGCUUGGUUUUAAAAGUAAAUGUGUGUUUGUGUUUGUUUGUAUGAACAUUGUAUUAUGAAUAUCCUGUAUAAGAAUAAUUAAAAUAUAUGACAUGGUAACGAGAAAUGGCGAAAUGUUAACACUAAAAUUUUCAAAUAAUAUUAAAAUCACGCUCAAGUUUUACACAUUGUAGUCAAUAUAUCUUUAUUACCAUUCGUGUGUAUGUAAUGAUUGUUUUCAAAUGGAUGCAAAUUAUUAUAUAUUGUUGAUUACUUUGCCAAAGAAAUAAAUAUUUUUUAAUAAUCUU